AUGAUUGACACUUACAUGAAAGCAGUGAAAGCCGCGGGUGAGAAGUAUGCGGCAGAGAAUGGAGUCCUCGAUUUCGACGAAGUGGUCGAGGAGAAACCCGAGAACGUUGGUGGGAAGUUCGCCAUCUCCUACACCAUCCUUGGUGUGAACUGCAAAGAGCUCAAAAACGUCCUCAUGAACGCCAAACAGAAGGGAAGCAUCGAAUACGCCACUAUGAAAUGCGGCGGCCAAGAAAUUGUUCUAUGA